AUGUUGACGAUAUAUGUUGGAUAUAAGAUCUUGGAUCAUAUUUGUUAUUCUAUUUGUGGAGAUCAGAUAGUAACUGUUGAUGAGGAAUGUGAUGAUGGAAAUUUAAUAAUUGGGGAUGGAUGCCAUUUUUGUAAUUAUAGCUGUUAAGAUUCUUGUUUGAAUUGUGUAUAAGGAGAAUGCUUGAAGUGUAAGGAAAUAACUAAUAAUUUCUAUCAAAUUGCUAAUUCUGUAGCUUAGAUAAAGUCAAUCAUUUAUUGA